GUCGGAGUGAAUGAUGUUUGUCAGCACCGAAACUUGCCUAGUUUUCCUUUUAUACUCUAUUUCAUCAUUUGUAAUUACCCAUCGUUCAAACCAUUCUGCGAGUAAAAUACGAGAUUACAUAGAAGAGACUAGUUUAUCACUGAGGGACAUUUUACCAUUAAGGCCCAAGCACUAUGAUAAGAACAGGGCCCCGAAAUUCAACGGGCAGCCCACUAUAGUUUAUUUUCACGUGACCGUCUUGUCGUUAGACUCUAUAAACGAGGAAUCAAUGACUUACGUUACUGAUAUAUUUCUGGCUCAAAGUUGGCGUGAUCCCAGACUAAGACUUCCAGAAAAUAUGAGCGAGGAGUAUCGUAUACUGGACGUGGAAUGGUUGCAUAGCAUUUGGAGGCCAGAUUGUUUUUUCAAAAAUGCCAAAAGCGUUACAUUUCACGAAAUGACCAUACCUAACCAUUAUUUAUGGCUCUAUCACGACAAAACUUUAUUGUAUAUGUCAAAAUUGACUUUGGUGUUAUCGUGCGCGAUGAAAUUCGAAGCGUAUCCUCACGAUACGCAGAUCUGCAGCAUGAUGAUAGAAAGUUUAUCACACACUGAUCACGACUUGGUUUUUAUUUGGAAUAUGACGGAUCCUUUGGUGGUAAAUCCCGAAAUCGAAUUACCCCAGCUAGAUAUUUCCAACAACUAUACAACUGAUUGUACCAUUGAAUAUUCGACUGGUAAUUUUACAUGUCUCGCUGUGGUUUUUAAUUUGAAGCGCAGGUUGGGAUACCACUUGUUCCAUACAUACAUCCCAUCAGCUCUUAUUGUUGUUAUGUCCUGGAUAUCAUUCUGGAUCAAGCCUGAAGCGAUUCCAGCCCGUGUAACCCUGGGCGUUACAUCUUUGCUCACUUUAGCUACUCAAAAUACUCAGUCACAACAAUCACUACCUCCAGUUUCGUAUGUGAAAGCGAUCGAUGUUUGGAUGUCAAGUUGUUCUGUUUUUGUAUUUAUGUCGCUGAUGGAAUUCGCCGUGGUAAAUAAUUAUAUGGGCCCCAUAGCUACUAAAGCAAUGAAAGGCUACUCGGAUGAGGAUAUAUCGGACUUGAACGAUUAUAGAGGUAUUGAAAGGAACAGGUACAGCACGGGUAGUCAACCUCAAUAUCCUACGUUCUGCAAUGGAAGAAGUAUAGCCUUGUGCAUCGAUCAGUUUUCUCGGUUUUUCUUUCCAUUCUCGUUUUUAAUUUUAAAUGUCGUUUACUGGUCAACAUUUCUCUGACCUAUCGUCCUUUUAUAUGCUUAAGCACAAUGAGCGUCUCGUGUUGAAUCACUCUGUAAUGUA